AUGACUACGUUAUCUAUCAUUGCGGCGAAAUAUGGAACUGGCACGGGGGAAGAGAGUGGCCUUUCCGAGUUAAGGAAUGAAUUCUUCGGUAAUGGUACUAGUUUUAGAGGUUGGGUUCGGACUCGGAGCUUUGAUAGCAUUUGGUUCAGAAAUGUAGAGGGCUCUAAGGUGAGGAAUGGGAGGAAAUUUCCUAUGGCUGCACUGAUUAAAAAGGGAAAGAAGCAUGAUCAUCCAUGGCCUGAUAAUAUUGAUCCAAAUUGUGACAACCCAUUGAAGUAUCUGUCCUACUUUAAGCCUCUGGAUGAGAAACCAAAGCCUGUAACUCUUGCAUUUGAGAAGCCACUCAUCGAUUUGGAGAAAAAGAUCAUCGAGGUAAGCCAACUUGCGGAAGAAACUGGCUUAGAUUUCAGUUAUCAGAUCAAUCUUUUGGAAGCCAAGUAUGAGCAGGCUCUCAAAGAUUUAUACACACAUUUGACUCCAAUUCAACGCCUGAACAUCGCUAGACAUCCAAAUAGGCCAACAGUUCUUGAUCACAUCUUGAAAAUCUUACUCAUUUUCAACUUGAUGAAGUGGGUGGAGCUGCAUGGAGAUCGAGCAGGCUACGAUGAUCCAGCAAUUGUGACUGGUUUAGGGAGCAUUGAAGGUGAAGUUUACAUGUUCAUAGGCCAUCAGAAAGGUAGGAACACAAAAGAGAAUAUAAAGCGUAACUUUGCGAUGCCAACUCCACAUGGCUAUAGAAAGGCUCUGCGCAUGAUGAAAUAUGCUGAUCAUCAUGGUUUCCCGAUUGUUACUUUUGUUGACACACCAGGCGCUUUUGCUGAUUUGAAAUCAGAGGAACUUGGUCAGGGCGAAGCAAUAGCACAUAAUUUAAGGACAAUGUUUGGCCUGAAAGUUCCCAUUAUAACAAUAGUGACUGGUGAAGGUGGUUCAGGUGGUGCUCUUGCCAUCGCUUGCGCGAACAAGUUGCUAAUGAUGGAAAACUCUGCAUUUUAUGUUGCAAGUCCGGAAGCAUGUGCUGCAAUCUUGUGGAAAUCAUCCUCAGCUGCACCGAAGGCAGCUGAAAAGCUGAAGAUCACUGCUCAAGAACACUACAGACUAAGGAUUGCAGAUGGUGUCAUUCCAGAACCUCUUGGUGGUGCUCAUGCGGAUCCUAUUUGGGCUUCGCAGCAGAUUAAACUUGCAAUUCUUAGAGCUAUGGAGGAAUUAAGAAAGAUGGAUUCUGAGGAACUGAUUCGCCACCGCAUGCUCAAGUUCCGGGCAAUUGGACAAGGAGGUUACAAAGAAGAUGGUCAAGUGGAACCUGAAAAGAAACGUAGAAUGAAGCCAUCUGAGGUAAAUGUACCAACGACUGCUGAGAUAGAAUCUCAGCUAGAAGAACUCAAGAUGAACAUCCUGGAAGCGAAGGGAACAUUUGAUCCGACAACCACUGAGGCGAUCAGGAAGCUCGAACAGGAUCUGGACGAGGAGAUGACAAAAGCUUUCAUUUCUAUGGGGUUGCAAGAGAAGGUGAAAUCACUUAAACUCGAACUCACUAGAGCCCCUCCAAAUAAACCCCUUAGCACCCCUUUAAAAGAAAAAGGAGAUAAAAUAGUGCAGGAGUUUAAGCGCAAUUUGUCCCGGCCUGGCGCUUAUCUUCGGCUGAAACAAAAGUUGAGAACUCUCAGCACAGUUAACAGGCUCAUCAAGUUGAAGGAGAAAACUGAGAGAUUAAAAGCUGAGGUUAAUCAGAAAAUCCCACCAGAGAUCAAAGUUAAGAUUGGCCAUUACAAGAAGACUCUUGAGAAACAAGGUUCAUCUGAUCAGAGUAGUCUAUCUGAAGAACUACAGACACUGAGGAAAGAACUGGAGGAUGCAUUGAAGUCAGCUAACUUGGAAAUUGUGGCCAUUUCCAAAAGGAAUGAUCAACCUGGUGCAAGCCCUGAUGCAAAAGAGAAGGUUAAGAAGUUAAACAAGGAAAUCAGCAGGGAGAUCGAAAAUGCUGUGAAAAACACUGAAAUUCAAAAGAAAAUUCAAGAACUAAAGGAGGAAAUUCUAAGGGACUCAAAAUCAGAGAAAGCACAGAAAUUGGAAGCAGAAAUUAAGAAGGAAAUUUCAAGUGCUCUCAGUGUCACCCCACUGAAGGAAAAAGCUGAGAAUCUGGAAAAGGAGCUGGCAUCAUCAUCAAGCACAACUAGAGCUACUGUUGGUGUUGAUAAUGGCAGAUUAUGA